AUGUCCCACACCCAUCACAACAGCAGCUUCAAUACUUCUACUGAGUUCACAGUAGACAAAAACAAUAAAGUAACGGAAAAGGCAAAGUAUAAAGUCAAUAUAGCAUUUUAUAUUACCUAUGAAGUUUGCCUGGUAGUAGCUCAAACAAAAUUGAAGACCCAAGAAGAGGACGCACUUUAAUAAAGCUUUGAAGACAAGACGAAGGGCCACAAAGCAGAUUCCAGCAGAAAGGGGCCACCAAACAGUGAGAAGAAGGACCACGAGCACUGCGUUGAACAGAGAGGCGAGUCUUUCUAGGGUUUUGUCUUUUGGGAGUAAAAAGAGACCGUGGUUUACCUUUGUUGGGCUGUCGUUUGGUCUUAGAAGACCAGGCGACCCAUCUUCUGCCAAGAAAAAGCGAAAAAAUUGGGCCAAAAAUCAAAUUUCUUCAUUCGGGUCCGAGGAAAUUGGGUCGGCCCGCAACUGUUAGAAUUGUGCGAUUCAUCGAUUUGUAUCGUGAAUUGAUCGAUUCAGCUUCGAUUUUGUGCCAUUUGCGAUUCCAUCUACCUGUUCGAAUCAAUUUUCAUAUGUAUCGAACCGAAUUGUACGAUUCUAACAACAGAGUUCAUUACCUACUGAGCUUUUGCUCACCCCAAAGCUAACCAAUUUCAGGAAAUGAAGACUAAGCAUCUCCUAAGUGAUUUCUUGAGAAAAAGAAAACCCUUUUGGAGUGUGAAACCAUUUGUUGAAAUCUUCAAGACUAAGGUUGUAUUGUAAUUGGAUGUCGGUUUUACGCUAGUGUAACAAGGAACACAUUUUUUAAGGAAGUCGACUUGCGAUUUGUCUUCUUGUAUAUUUUCUUACUUUUGAACUAUUUUGUUUUGUUUAUAGAUGUAAUGAGACGACAUUGUGAAUCUUAGGGGAUAGUUUAAAAGGGAACGAAAUGUAAUGAAUGUUAUUUCACUAUUUUUGUCUCUAUUUGUAUGGUGUGUGUUGUAUGGCGGGAAUGCCCAAGUGAAUAGGAUUGGGAGGUGUUCUCCCAGGGCAUCACAGUUUGGGGAAAUGGGAGUCAUGCUUAGUGGGAUAUUUUCUAGAUAAAAAGCUAUUGUUCAACUAUGUUAGAAAUAGUGCCUCCAACCAGUGGAAGAAUAUGGGUUUGAAGGAAGUCUUGGCAAAUGGGGAUGGCUUUAUGUUCUCCAUGUUUGAUAAUGCUGAUUCAUGUGAAAGAGUCUUAGAGGGGGGACCCUGGUACAUGGGAAACCAGUUGCUACUUCUGAAGAGGUGGAAGAGAAUGAUGAAGCCAACAAAGGAGUACGUAUGUUUCUAUGGAAUAUUGGGAUUUUGAAAGGCUUAGUAGGAUAGCUAGUAAGAUAAGGAUCCCCCCGUUCAUGGAUCACCUAACUUCGACUGGUACAAGGGUAUCUUUUGCUAGAGUUUGUGUGGAGGUGAAUGUGGAAUCUACUCUUCCACAAAACUUUUUGUUAAGGUGUGAUGAUGAAGUGGUAGAGAUCAGAGUAGAAUACUAAGGUAUACCUGCAAAAUGUGAGCACUGUAAAGUUUUUGGACAUGAAACUAAGAAGUGUGUAGCUAACCAGGUGGCUCACCUGGUUCAGAUGCAACAAGAGGCAGAAAAUUUGAAGGAGGAUGAUUGGCAAACAGUCAAGGCUAAAGGCAAAAAGAAGAUUGGGGAACCUGAUGUAAGUGUCCUUGCUGUGGACUCCAAUCAACAAGAUAUUCCACCCGAGAGGGAGAGUUUUAGCCCAGGGGUAAACCAGGAAAUGGACCCAAAUCAACCAGCAAUACAACAACAGAGGGAAAGUCUCAUUCCAGGAGUCAACCAGGAAGCCCCACUAAAGGAGCUGCAUGAUGAAUUAUUGGGAUUAGCACAUGUUCUCAGCCCAAAAACUAGUCAAAUCAUUGAAGAAGUGGAAAGAAAAGCCCUGGCUGCAAAAAUUCCAGUUGAGAAUGUGGAACCAGUAACAACAGAAGAAGUGCAAAGCCUCACACCAAUGGCACCAGGCAGCAAAAAAAAAAAAAAGCAGCAGGCAAAGCCUCUGGGAGCCAGAGGAAGAAAUACAGGUCAAAGUGCUAUUAAGGGAGAUGCUGCAGCUAGUGAAGUAUGUGAUGAUGCUGCCUAUGCCCAAAUGCCUGGGAUUUGGUGUGGUAUAUUUGGGGAGUAUUUAUGGCUUUCUGUUAUAUGUAAGGGUCCUGAUGUAUCGGUUUUUGUACUUGUUCAUGAUGUAUGGGUUUUUGUACUUGUUCAUUCUCCCUAUUUCUAGAUCAAAUAUGGAUUUUGAGCAGGAUGUAUGGUUCCACCAUCUUAUUUAUUUUUAUUUGGUUUAGGUUAGUUUGUAGUAGUUACGUUCUAGGUUGGUCUUGUGUAUAGCUGUGAUAGACCCUGGGGUAUGCCCCUUGAAAUCUUGUAAAUUCUCUUGUUUUAUUUUAUGACGUAUUCAUCCAAAAAAAAAAA